AGGGAGUGACAUGAACACGGGCAGGUGUCAGCUAAGCUCCUGAGCAUCCUUGCUGGAGGUUUCAGCCUCUAGUUGAGCGGACCUCCCUGGGUUGGCUGCCCGGCUCUCCAGCGGCCAUCAAGCAGACUCUUUACCGCCUCUGUCGCGGGCUGGUGCCCAGGCUUCGGGACUCUGACGCCCAUGUGUCUGCGGGCGUGAGGACGGGAGGACCGCGCCAUGUCUGCGCCGGGGUUCACCAACACCGACAGCUCCGCGGGCUACAGCCCGAACUCGACGUCGAACGGCGGAUCUGCGCCUCCCUGUCAGAACGGUCCGCUGCUCCCCCACCCGUCCAUGUAUCCUCCCGCGGGCUACUAUGGAGCCCCACCUCCGCAGCAAAGCUACCCCGGCUACGCCGCCUCUGCUCCCAGCAAAGCGUCGCUCACCAGCAGCGGCCGCGGUCACACCUACUACCAAAACAGCCACCGACAGCAGCAGCAGCAGCAGCAAACGCAGCUCCCUCAGCAGCACGUAGCUCCCUCUCCAUACACCGCCCCCCCUCCUCGUCAGCCGUACGCCACCGUCCCGUCCUCGGCGCCGCCGCCUUCAAACGCCCAGUACAGCCAGCAGCCGUUCCCGCAGCAGCAUCAAACGCUCUACGCCAACCCGGGGUCCUACUACGGUCAGCCGUCGUACGGAGCUUCUCCAGCGCGGCAUCCCGGCUUGGUUUCGCCGCCGGCCGGCAGCCCCGGUGCUCCCGUCUAUCCGAAUGUUUCAUACCCGUCUGCCCCUGCGAGCGGCCAGUACGGCGCCCUCAGUUCCUCCAAGAGCGUCUCCGGCCCCGGGGUCCUGUCCACCCAGAUGGGAGCACCGCUGCAUCAGUUCAGCGCCCCGCCGGGGUACGGCGUGGCGGCUGAGCAUCAAACGGUGAACGGUAAAGGAAGCACAGUCCAAAACAACACCCACCACCACCAACACUAUGACCAAAGCCCUCAGGCCCCUCACGGUUACAACUCCUACAGUGGAGGGACACAAAGCAGCAGAGGCGGCGCAGACGGAGAGCCGCCGCCCUCAGGGACCCCCUCCGCCUCAGUCCAUUCCUCUCCAGGCCACCAUGCAGGCCUGCAGUAUGGAUAUGUUGCUAAUAGUGGAGCUAGCUCCGCCUCUGCCACCACCUCAGCAGCUGCCCCGUCGGCAUCCAGCACCGAUGAUGAUGAUGAGGAGGAAGAGGAGGAUGAGGACGAGGAAGCAGGCGGAGACACGUCCUCCUCCAGCACCGGCAGCGCGUCUCCUGUUCCCAACAACUAUGAUUCCCUCGAAGGCGGCAGCUAUCCAGACUCCAUGCCACCUUCCAACAACAUGACCAACCAGGCCCCGCCCUUUGGCAGCUACGGCUACCAGAGCAUGCAGCCGGCCUAUCCGCACGCACCGGCCCCCCACCCUGAUGCCUCCCCCUCCCACAACGUGUACGGUCAGCCCGGUUACCAGCAGUACUCCCAGCCUUUCCCCAACCUGUCUCAGCUGUCUGCCGCUCUGGGGGGGCUGAGCGGGGUCCCAGAGCUGGAGGUGGAGGCCCUGAGGCCGGUCAACCUGCUGCAGGAGAGGAACCUGCUACCUCCGAGGCCCUUGGAGGCCCCUGAACCCAACCUGAGCCCCGACCUGAAGAAGGUCAACUGCAGUCCUCAGACAUUCAGGUGCACCCUGACGAGCAUUCCUCAAACCCAGGCCUUACUCAACAAGGCCAGACUCCCUCUGGGCCUCCUCCUUCACCCCUUCAGAGAUCUGCAGCAGUUACCGGUGAUCACGUCCAACACGAUCGUGCGGUGUCGUUCCUGUCGGACGUACAUCAACCCGUUCGUCACCUUCCUGGACCAGCGCAGGUGGAAGUGUAACCUCUGCUACCGAGUCAACGACGUACCGGAUGAAUUUAUGUACAACCCCGUGACGAGGUCAUAUGGGGAACCACACAAGAGGCCGGAGGUCCAAAACUCAACUGUGGAGUUCAUCGCUUCCUCGGACUAUAUGCUGCGACCUCCACAGCCGGCCGUCUAUCUGUUUGUGCUCGACGUGUCUCACAACGCCGUGGAAGCAGGAUACCUGAAGUACUUCUGUGAAUCACUUCUGGAGAACCUGGAUAAGCUACCUGGAGACGCACGUACCAGGGUGGGUUUCCUCACCUUCGACAGCACCGUCCACUUCUACAACCUCCAGGAGGGACUGUCGCAGCCACAGAUGCUGGUGGUGUCGGACAUCGACGAUGUUUUUAUACCAACCCAUGACAGUCUGAUGGUGAACCUAAAGGAGAGCAAAGAGCUUGUGAAGGAGCUGCUGUCGUCGCUGCCGGCCAUGUUCAGCCACAGCAGAGAGACCCACAGCGCCCUCGGUCCCGCCCUGCAGGCCGCCUUCAAGCUGAUGUCGCCCACCGGGGGACGCGUCUCCGUGUUCCAGACUCAGCUCCCGACUCUGGGAGCCGGGAAGUUGCAGUCGAGAGAAGACCCGAACCAGCGCUCCAGCACCAAGGGAGUCCAGCAUCUGGGCCCGGCCACUGAUUUCUAUAAGAAACUAGCACUGGACUGCUCGGGACAGCAGAUCGGAGUGGAUCUGUUCCUGCUCAGCUCCCAGUACGCCGACCUCGCAUCGCUGGCGUGCGUCUCAAAGUAUUCUGCGGGCAGCGUCUUUUACUACCCCUCCUUCCAUUGCGUCCACAACCCGGCGCAGCUGGAGAAGUUCCAGAGGGACCUGGACCGUUACCUCACCAGGAAGAUCGGCUUCGAGGCGGUCAUGAGGAUACGAUGCACUAAAGGCUUAUCCAUCCACACGUUCCACGGUAACUUCUUCGUGCGCUCCACCGACCUGCUGUCCCUGGCCAAUGUGAACCCGGACUCUGCCUUCGCGGUCCAGAUGUCGAUCGAAGACUCUCUCGCCGACUCGUCUCUGGCCUGUUUCCAGGCUGCUCUGCUCUACACGUCCAGCAAAGGAAAGAGGCGCAUCAGAGUCCACACUCUUUGUCUGCCGGUCGUCAGUCAGCUGAGUGACGUUUACGCCGGCGCCGACGUUCAGGCGAUAACGUGUCUGCUGGCCAACAUGGCCAUCGACCGGUCCAUAUCCUCCAGCCUGUCAGACGCCCGCGACGCUCUGGUCAACGCCGUCAUGGACUUCGUGAGCGCCUACAAGAGCAGCGUGUCGAACCUGCAGCAGUCUGGAGUUGUCGUCCCCGCAGCCAUGCGUCUUUUCCCUCUCUACAUCCUGGCGCUGCUCAAACAGAAAGCCCUGCGGACGGGCACCAGCACCCGGCUCGACGAGCGCACCUUUGCCAUGUGCGAGUUUAAGACGCAGCCGCUGCCGCAGCUGAUGCGGAUGCUUCAUCCUGACCUGUACAGGCUGGACAACAUGUCGGACCAGGGGGCGCUCCAUCUGAACGAUACUGUAGUUCCUCAGCCUCACCUGCUGCAUCUGUCUGCUGAGAGGCUUAGCAGAGACGGCGCGUUCCUCAUGGACUGUGGGAAUGUCUUUUAUCUGUGGAUCAGCAAAUGCUGCAGCGAAACGUUCAUCCGAGACGUUCUGGGCUGCUCCGACUACGCUUCGAUACCGCCCAACAUGAGUCGCGUUCCUGAGCUGCAGACUCCUCUGUCGGAGCGGGUCCGGGCGUUCCUCGACUGGCUGCAGGACAACAGGGCCUUCAGCUCGCCCAUCCACCUCGUCAAAGACGACGCCUCGGCCAAGGCCACCUUGUUCCAGCACCUGGUGGAGGACCGGUCCGACUCGGCUUCAUCCUACCACGAGUUCCUGCAGCACAUUCAGCAGCAAAUGCCCAAGUAGGCUCCCGUCCCGCUGAGAAAAGAAAACCUGCAGACAUUACAUUCCCUCACACGGAUGGCAGAGGAGACGUCGGCCCGGUCGAGCGUGAACUAGUCCUCUCCGUCCUUCAGACACGCUCGGUAAAUAAAUCCAUCAUGGAAGUUUGUUAUUCAGCUGUUUAAUUGUCAGAAAGAGAGAAGGAGAGAAGUUUUUUUUUUUAAAAGAUAUUAUAAGGGUUUGAUUCACCGGGUGAAGAAGUCUGCGUCUUUGAAGCGGUUCGAUCCACCGAUCCCGGGAGGAAGAGGAAUCAGUCGAGCCGUGGCGAUGCCACUUCCUUAGUUCAGUUUGUUUUUUGUGAGCCUCACAUGUAGCCUGUGCUCUUUUUUUAAUUUUUUUUCUCGUUUUUUUUCUCUGUUUGAAAUGAACUCCUCGCCUAUAUUUUACAUUUCCAAUCGUUUUUAAACACACUGGAGACCGUAGAACAAGAAUUGGGCAUGAGCUUUGAAAUCCAAACAGCAUGUGUCGGUUUUGUCCGCUGCUAGACGUCUGAGAACAUGAUCGGGUUGGAUGUUGUUUUUUUUUGUUUGUUUCUUAAUUUUCCCGUCUUCUCCGAUCCGCCGAGUGGACACCAGAUUCAUCAAACACCACAAACUUCAACCUGUUCGCCAUUUCCUUCAUAUUGAUUUUAUUUUUUCAGACGCUAAGAUCGAUAUCCACUUUGUAACUACUGAAAAGAAUCUUUUAUGUGCGAUAAUUUAUGAACCAGCUUAUUAAAUAAAAACAAACAAAAAAAAAAA